AUGAGGGAUAGCGUCCCAGUUCUUUCCUUCUCUGCUCUUCUCGCUCCCCAAGACCCAGGUGCCUUUAAAAACACUCUCUCCUCGGAGAGCGUCUCUUUUUAUCAUUCGGUAAUAACUUUUGGAGAUACAAUUUCAGGCGCCAUUAGUAAGCAACUCUGUUUGAUAUCCUAUCUGGAGAUCAUCAUGGAAGAUUUGGCUGCAAAGAAGUGUGUGCCAUGCAACUCAAAGGAUCUACAAGCCAUGACUAAAGAACGUGCAAAUGACCUUCUAUUGAAGGUUGCUGGGUGGAAUUUGGUGAAUGAAAUUGGUAUACUAAAGCUGAAUUGUUCAUGGAAAGUAAAGAGUUUCACUAAAGGGCUGGAACUAUUCAAGCUUGUUGGGAAUGUUGCUGAAGCAGAAGGUCACCAUCCGGAUCUUCAUCUGGUUGGAUGGAACAAUAUAACAAUCGAGAUAUGGACUCAUGCAAUGGGUGGACUAACGGAAAAUGACUUCAUACUUGCUGCUAGGAUAAAUGGGCUUAACCUGCACCACCUACUGAGGAAGAAGGCUGCUGCUUGAGUUGCAAGUACAAUUAGACUUCACGUUUUUGGUUAAUAGUCUUAUCCAAAGGUACGAGGAAAGACUCUUUUUUUUCCUCCAGUUUGUUAGAUAUUCCAAGUUUUGACUUGAGUUCUGCAUAAAUGGGUGACUUGGAGGCUGUGCAAACAUAUAUCUUGGUAGUUGUAACAUACACUGGUUUUAAAGAUGUGCAUUGAGAGUUGU